AUCCUGUUUUGUCGUGAGGUUCUGAGCUUUAGGUGUUUUAACCUCACCUUCAAUCAUGUCAGGGCGUGGGAAGCAGGGAGGCAAGGCCCGCGCCAAGGCCAAGUCGCGGUCGUCCCGCGCUGGCCUGCAGUUCCCGGUGGGCCGGGUGCACCGCCUGCUACGCAAGGGCAACUACGCCGAGCGGGUGGGGGCCGGCGCGCCGGUCUACAUGGCGGCGGUGCUGGAGUACCUGACGGCGGAAAUCCUGGAGCUGGCGGGGAACGCGGCCCGCGACAACAAGAAGACGCGCAUCAUCCCCCGCCACCUCCAGCUGGCCAUCCGCAACGACGAGGAGCUGAACAAGCUGUUGGGCAAAGUCACCAUUGCCCAGGGCGGCGUUCUGCCCAACAUCCAGGCCGUUCUCUUACCAAAGAAAACUGAAAGCCACAAAGCCAAAAGUAAAUAAAACCCUGACAAGCCAAAGACCAAAGGCUCUUUUUA